AUGGCCAAGUGCUUCUUCCAAAGCAAGCCUCAAGCCUCAAGCCUUGCUUCGCCAUUUCACCAGUGCCCAACAUCACUUGCGGCUGAUCAAGUUUCCAUGUGCCAACUAAAAGCAGGCUUUGGGAUUGGCCAGCCAAUGCCAACUCGGUUGCUGUGUCGAAAUGCAUCAUCAGUCGUGAUUGAGCAUUUGUACCAAUCGAGACCUGUUCGUGAAUGCCCACAGACGUCAAAGCAAGCUGCUUGUCUGUGCUCAGGAAUGUGCGUCAUCGACGUGCGUCAUCGACGUUGGCGCUUGUCAGCGAAGAGGACACGAGCACAAAACGCCACCGAAAUUGGUUCGCGCUGCAGACGGUCGAGACAGACAGCUCCCAGCCAAAAGGCACAAUUGAGCCAACACGCGCCUGCCUCCGCUGGCCGGUCAGGCUCAACGCGUCUUGGCGCAAGGCGAACCGAUCGAUAG